AUGCCCAGGUACUAUCCUACCGAAGAUGUGCUUCGGAAGCUGCUGAGCCACGGCAAAAAGCCCUUAAGUCAGCAUGUGAGAAGGCUGCGUGCCAGCAUCACUCCUGGGACCAUCCCGAUCAUCCCCACGGGGCGCCACAGGGGCAAGAGAGUGGUUUUCCUGAAGCAGCUGGGCAGCGGCUUGCUACUUGUGACAGGACCUCUUGCCCUCAACAUAGUUCCUCUGCAAAGAACACCACAGAAGUUUGUCAUCACCACCUCUAAAAUAGUUGAUGUCAGCAAGGUUAAAAUCUCCAAACACCUGACUGGUACUUACUUCAAGAAGAAGCACCUGUGCAAGCCCAGGCACCAGGAGGCAGAGAUCUUUUUGACACAGAGGGAGAAAUACAAGCUUACAGAGCAGCGCAAGGCUGAUCAGAAAACUGUGGACUGGCCGAUUUUGCCAAAGAUCAGAGCUGUUCCUCAACUCCAGGGCUACCUGAGAUCUCAGUUCUCUCUGACCAAUGGGAUGUAG